GUGUCAAUAAAGAAGCCUGCAAGUCAGAUUUUGUUUUUUUCUCAUUAUUUUUCUCCUUUAUUAUUCUGUUUUCCUUCUCCGCAAUACUAAGAGGGCGGUGAUCACCUUGUAGCGUGAUGGUCUUUGCUCCCUCUCACAAGAUCCUUAUUUUAUUCAUCACCUGGGGCUGCCGGCCUUUCCAUCUUAGACAAAUUACUUAUUUUCCCUCAACUCUUAAGGGAUCAUAUUCAGCAGCUUUGGGUUCCAUACACAAUACUUUAUUCAAAACCCAAGUAAGAGGAAGAUUAUAAUAAUCGAAAGAUGGUUCCAAAUGAGUGAUGAUUCGAUCGUGAGAGUAAUAUUUUAAUCCGAAGCAUUAAUGGGUUUGUUGACUUGCAUUACUAAAGUCAAUUAUUCAAGUUAAUUUUAGAAUGGAGAUGCAAUCUGGGAUGAUCCAAGUGAGCGAUAGUUGAGUUUAUCAUGCAGAGCCUUGGAAUGUAGCCAUCUGAUCUACAAAAUGCUUUUAGAGCUGCAAGAUGAAUAUGGAUCAUAUCUUGAAGGCAUAUAAUGAUCGUUCUCAUGAGGAUUGUUGCUACCACUACGAAUGCUACUGUUUGCAAGAUUUGAUUGGUGAUCUCGAGGUUGUGUAAACAGAAUUAACUGGCAAACUUAAUAUACAGCUAACCGUAUGAUGUGGAAUUUUUUAUUCAUAUUGUGGGAGUGGUAAGAUUGAUUUGGCCAUAUUCAAGGCAUAUUUUAACUACAGGUAAUCUUUCGCCAUAAGGGUUUUUCGAUAAGACAUGGGUACCGUCCUCUUAUAGCGGUGGCUUUGAUGUGGCUCAGAAGGGACAUGUUGUUUAUGCUUGAAGUACGGCUGUGGAAUGCAGCGAAUGCUCACUAGAUCCAAGAAAUAAGUCCAAAGUUCGGCAUUGGGAGUUUCUUUUUCUUAAGAUAUUGAUGAUAAUGAAAGGUCGAGAAAUUCAAGAAUCACAUAAAACAAAGAAAAGAUGGGUGCAGAAAAGACAUGAUUACCAUAUGAGUGUUGUUAAUUACUUACUUUGGUGGUGCUUAAAAUUUGAUUUUUCCAUGGCUAGUUUUAGCACCAAAUCUAAGUUUCUUUAAUUCUUGAGGCUUCCAGUACUUCCUGAGGGUCCUGUCCUUGGCAUGAUAUCUGAAAAGUAUGAUUUCAUCUUGUUAGUGAGGGCUUAAUUUACAGUUUUGAUGCCUAAAUAAAAUGCCAGAGUCAUCAAGGAGAACGACUAAGGGGAAGAUAAGAUGGAGCAAACUGUACAACUUCACAUGCUUGCGACCCUCCACUGCAGAUUCUGUAGUUCAUCAAGAGCACCUUGGUCAGCCUGGAUUUUCUCGUCAGGUUCUCUGCAAUGAACCUCAACUACACAAGACCAAACCUCACAAAUACCCCAGCAAUUAUGUAUCCACAACUAAGUACAAUGUAGUAACUUUUCUUCCCAAAUCACUUUUUGAGCAAUUCCGCAGAGUUGCCAAUCUUUACUUUCUCUUGGCAGCGGUGCUGUCUGUCACUCCUUUGGCUCCUUUUUCUCCUGUAAGCUUGGUUGCUCCCUUAGUCUUUGUAAUUGGGAUUAGCAUGCUUAAAGAGGCUGUGGAAGAUUGGCAUAGGUUCUUACAGGACUUGAAUGUGAACUCUCGAACUGUAAAGGCUCGUGUAGGAAACGGCAGAUUUGCUGAGAAAACAUGGAGAGAACUUUCUGUAGGAGAAGUCAUCAAAGUUCAUAAGAAUGAAUAUUUUCCAAGUGAUCUCCUCUUUCUAUCUUCCAGCUACGAGGAUGGAAUUUGUUAUGUAGAGACCAUGAACCUUGAUGGAGAAACAAAUCUGAAAGUUAAAAGAUGCUUAGAAGCAACAUUCGGCAUGAAUGAAGAUGAAGAACUCAGCAAAUUCAAAGGCACUGUCCGUUGUGAGGACCCAAAUCCAAAUCUUUACACCUUCGUGGGCAAUUUGGAGUUUGAAAAUGAAUCAUAUGCCUUGUGCCCUGCUCAGGUGCUUCUAAGAGAUUCAAAACUUCGUAACACUGAUUACAUUUAUGGAGUAGUUAUUUUUAGCGGGCCUGAUACAAAAGCAGUACAAAACUCCACAAGGUCGCCAUCUAAACGUAGCCGGAUAGAAAAAAAGAUGGAUCAUGUGAUUUAUCUUCUUUUUUCAUUUCUUUUUUUGAUAUCAUUAGUCACCGCAAUUUCUUCUGCAUUCUUUCUGAAAUACGAGAUGGUUGAAUGGUUGUACCUUCGAUUGCAACAUGAUGACGAUCCGUUCUUCAAUCCCUUAAGGCCUGAGGUUUCUGGUUUUCUGCACUUUACGAGGGCCCUAAUUUUGUAUGGCUACUUGAUCCCCAUUUCUUUAUAUGUUUCCAUUGAAGUGGUGAAAGUUUUACAAACCAUGUUAAUCAACAAAGAUAUUGAAAUGUAUGAUGAAUUAACAUGCAAGUCUGUUCGAGCCCGAACUUCAAAUUUAAAUGAAGAACUGGGUCAGGUAGAAAUUAUUCUUUCGGAUAAAACAGGGACUUUGACUCGUAAUGAGAUGGAAUUUAGAAAAUGCUCAAUUGCAGGAACCUCAUAUGGGGGUGAUAUAAAGGAAGUUGAUCUUGCUGCAUCUAGAAGAAUGAAUAGUUGUGCUGAGACCUAUCGAUGCAGUAUGGACGAAUCCAACACUAGUCACAGCUUUGAGUUGUCUGAAUUCUCUGAGGCUGACAUCAUGGUCACUGAAAAGGCAAUUCUAGGUGGCCGAGAAGAUGGGGAGAAUCAGAGCAAUGAAAACCCAGAAAUCUCUACUGUGGGGAAGGAAUCUGUUAUCAAGGGUUUCAACUUCACGGAUGAUAGGCUCAUGAACAAUCAAUGGAUAUACAGAUCCAACUUAUUUGAUAUCAUAAUGUUCUUCAGAGUCAUGGCUCUAUGCCACACAGGCAUACCUGUUGAAGCCAAUCAGACUGAUAAGCUGAAGUAUGAGGCUGAGUCACCAGAAGAAGUGGCUUUUUUGGUAGCUUCACAAGAAUUUGCAUUCCAAUUUUUCCGAAGAACCCAAUCUGUAAUGGUUCUCAAGGAGCUGGAUCCUUCCUCUGGAAAGGUGGUGGAGAGGGAAUACAAGAUUUUACAUUUGUUGGAGUUCAGUAGUUCACGGAAGAGAAUGUCAGUCAUAGUGAGGAAUAAAGAUGGUCAGAUCUUUCUCUUUUGCAAAGGUGCCGACAGCAUUAUCUUCGACAGGCUUGCAGAAAAUGGUAAAUCAUACCAAGAAGCAACAGCUUUGCACCUUUCAAAUUAUGCAGAAGAUGGUUUCCGCACUCUAGCAUUUGCAUAUAGGAUUAUAGAGACUGCAGAAUACGAACAUUGGAACUCAAUAUUUUCAGAGGCUAAGACCACAAUAGGUCCUGAAAGAGAUGAAUUAUUAGAUAAAGCAUCUGAAAUGAUUGAAAAAGAUCUGAUUUUAUUGGGGGCUGCUGCUGUUGAAGACAAGUUACAGAAAGGGGUUCCAGAGUGCAUAGAUAAACUUGCCCAAGCAGGGCUAAAAAUAUGGCUGCUCACAGGUGACAAGAAGGAAACUGCAGUAAAUAUUGGAUUUUCUUGUAGCUUACUUCAGCAGGAUAUGAAGCAGUUCCAUAUAUGUUUGAGCAAAGAAGCUGAGACUAAGAGCCAAGUGAAGGCAAUGAAAGAAGACCUUUUAUAUCAAAUUGAAAAUUCUUACCAAGUGAUGUGUGAAGAAUGCAAUAAAGACUCUCCCUUUGCCAUGGUGGUAGAUGGAAAAGCUCUUGAAGUCGCUUUGACAGAUGGCGUAAAGAACCAGUUCUUACAGUUGGCUGUUAAUUGUGCCUUUGUUAUAUGCUGUCGAGUGUCUCCGAAACAGAAAGCGUUGAUUACUCGAUUGGUGAAAGAGUAUACGGGCAAGACAACCCUUGCCAUUGGAGAUGGGGCAAAUGAUGUUGGCAUGAUUCAAGAAGCUGAUAUCGGUAUUGGGAUCAGUGGCAUGGAAGGAAUGCAAGCAGUAAUGGCAAGUGACUUCUCAUUGCCUCAAUUCCGAUUUUUAGAGAGGUUACUUAUAGUUCAUGGGCACUGGUGUUACAAGAGAAUUUCCAAAAUGAUUCUCUACUUUGUAUACAAGAACAUUGUACUUGGCCUCACUCUAUUCUAUUAUGAAUGUUACACAAGUUUCUGUGGGGAGGUCCUAUAUGAUGACUGGUACUUGGUGCUGUUCAAUGUGAUUUUGACAUCAUUGCCAGUGAUAUCAUUAGGAGUCCUAGAGCAGGAUGUUUCCUCUGAAAUAUGCCUCCAGUUCCCUUCCCUUUAUAAACAGGGUCCAAAGAACAUAUACUUUGCUUGGAAGCGCAUCAUUGGUUGGAUAUUGAAUGGUGUGGUAGCUUCUCUAAUCAUUUUUCUUGCCAAUAUAUACAUACUCUCCUCUGCCGCAUUCCGACAGCAGGGAGAAGUUGCAGAUGUUGCACACCUUGGUGGCAUUACAUUCACAUGCAUAAUCUGGACUGUAAAUUGCCAAAUUGCUCUAGUUAUCAGCCACUUUACUUUGAUCCAACAUCUUUUUAUAUGGGGUAGCAUAUUGUCCUGGUACAUCUUCCUGCUUGUGUAUGGUGCUCUUCCUCCUGCCUACUCAAAGAAAGGAUUUCAUCUCUUCAUGGAAGCUAUUGGCAGUGCACCAGUGUAUUGGAUGAUUACAUUGAUUGUCACAGUAGUUUCUCUUCUACCAUACUUCAUGCACAUUGUCAUCCAACGUUUAUUCUAUCCCCUGGAUGAUCAUAUCCUUCAAGAAAUGAAGUAUUGCAAGAAAGAAAGUAUCAACAAUCAAGUAUGGCAAAGGGAGCAAUCCAACUCAAGGAAGAGCACCCUGAUAGGGCUUUCUGCCAGAGUUGAUGCAAGGAUUCAAUAUUUGAAAGAACACUUGCACCAGAGGACAAAAUCAAUAUAUAGAUCAGUAACAAGCAGCCCAAUAUACAAGUCAUUGACAAGCAGCCCAUUAUUUCAAUGA